CCCUUUUCCUUCACAAGCACAGUUCAGACACACAAACAACAACACAAGAAAUCUCUCUCAUUAUCCUUCAUGGAGUUUGAUCCAAUCUUUCCAGCAGAGAAAAUUCACUACCUUUCUAGUAUUUUCUCUGGGAUCAAACCAGAGAUCCCAGCUUUUAUCCCCAUGUCACAAGAGAACAACAACAACACCACCUUCUGCAUGUACCAAAACAAUUUCAAAAACCAUGAUAAUCACCACCCUACUGCAAACUUUUUCUCAGAGGGUUUUAAUUCCUCCAUCCUUACCCCAUUGUUCUCUUUGUCCUCUUCUUCAGGUGACUCAUCAUACCCUAAUGAGUGCCUCAAAGGAAGCUUUGCCAACGACAACAACUUCUACCACCCCAUCAUGCCUUAUGCACAAAACAACACCCAAAAUGAACCCAUGCAUGGCCCCAACAGAGCCAUAUGGGAUUUUUCCCAGAAAAUUCCCCUUCGGUGCUCUAGUGCAGGUGCAGGUGCAACUUCACAGCCUCAUCAGCAGAUGCAGAGGAGGAGUAAUGGCAAAAUUCAGCACAAGAAUAUGACCAACAUAAUCAAAGGCCAGUGGAGUGCUGAAGAGGACAGGGUCCUCGUCCAAUUGGUGAAACGCUUCGGGCUCAAAAAAUGGUCUCACAUCGCAAGGUUGCUGAAUGGAAGGGUUGGGAAACAGUGCAGGGAGCGAUGGCACAACCAUCUCCGGCCCAACAUUAGGAAGGAGUCAUGGAACGAAGAGGAGGACAGAAUCCUGAUCGAAGCUCACAAGGGGAUUGGGAACAGGUGGGCCGAAAUCGCUAGGAGAAUGCCCGGCAGGACGGAGAACACCAUCAAGAACCACUGGAACGCGACGAAGAGGCGCCUAAACGCCAAGAGGCUGAGGAACAAGCGCAGGAGUUCUAAGGGGCCGACGCUUCUGGAGAGUUACAUAAGGCAAGUCACUGCAGAAGAAGAUGCGGAAAAGGAGCUGAUCAAGAACUCCAUGAACAACAUGAACCUGAAGGGCGAGCGUAGUAGCAACACCACCAACACCAAAACCAAAUAUCCGCGUCUCUUUCGAGUUCGGUACGAUAGCUCAGAGGGUGGCUUCAGUUCUGAGGAGGAUGAAGUUGGGCGGGGUGUGCAGCAGCUACAUGGUGGUGGUGGUGCCUAUGUGCCUACGAUGGUAAAUGCUGCUGUGGAAGAUGGCACAAUGGGUUAUGAUGUUGCGAUGGAGAUGGCGCCGGAGGUUCAGAUGAAGAAGGAAAUGGAUCUCAUGGAGAUGAUCUAUAGAAAAGCUUAAGAUGCAAUAUUGUGCAUGAUGGAUUUGGUGUUCUCUUUUUCAUAUAGUUUCUUCUGCUGCUUUCUGGUUUAAAUUUGCUUUUGGAUACCUUUGAAACUGUAGCUUUCGGUUAGGUUUGUUUGGUUGCAUUAGCUGGAUAUUUUAGUUGCUUUUUGUCUUGUCUUGUGAUUCUCAGUUCGAAUGUGGUUUUAGCCCCAUCAAGUGGAUGGGGUCCACAUUCAGUGUUUCUUUAAUGUAGGUUUCUUUUACAUUUCGGCUGUGACUCAAGCUUAAAUGUUUUUGGGCAUGCAUAUGAAUAUAAUUGGUGUAGACUGCCCUA